AUGCAGCCAGAGGCAGCGGACGUUGAGUGGCUGCUGGGCCCCGGGGCGACCCUGCGGCGCCUGGCAGGACUGUGGCGGCAGCAGCACGACAACUCUGGCCGCCUCCGAGCAGCUCUCACCCUGACCGCCGUCGCCCUGAUGCCGGCUUUCGUCGCCCUCAAGCUGACCAUGGACCCUCCUGACGAACUGGAAGAACUCGCAAUGUGUGGUUUUGUUGCCUUUAUCACCAGCGGAAUGUUGGUGAAGGCUGCGCUCUUCGUCCAUGGGGUAAGCGCCCUGCGCCAACUGGUGCAGCUGCUGCACUGGACCAUGGGACGCUACGGCAGUGGAGGAAGCGGCGACGCUACAAGGCGCCGCUAUCGGAAGCUUUCGGACCGCGUUUACUUCUACUUGCAGGCAGCAGUUGUGCCGGCCAUCAUAGGCUGGGUGUGUUCUCCACUGCUGUCCCGCAGCGUGCUCCGGGGCGCAGAGGGCUCUGGCGACACACGUCGGCAGCUGCCCGCGCCUGCGUGGCUACCUCUGGACGUCCAGGUGUCACCCACGUACCAACUGCUAUUGGUGGCUGUUUUGCAGUCGUCAAUGACUGUGUCAAUAUUUGUACUGCUGUUCGUCAACAUGGCUAAUUUGUGUUCCAGUAUGUUUGUCACUGCAGUGAGUGAGAAGCUGGUCAACUGUGCUUUCAACUGCGGCUGGGCGGACUGUGACAUCCGCUUCAAGCGUAACCUGCUCAUCUUCAUGAUGCGAGCUAUGCAGCCGAUGGAGAUCACUGUCGGGAAGACCUGUAAACUGUCCAAGCAGAUGCUAUUACAGGUGCUGAAUGGGACAUACGCACUACUGAACAUGCUUUACAACUUCCAUGGCAGUGGUUGA